GUAAGCUUUAAAAGUUUUCCGAUUUCUCAAAAUUUCAUAUUAAUUUAACGACGAUAUAAGGCGCAUAUCGGAAUCUUAAAAAAUUACUAACAAUAUUUCAAAAUGGAAAGGUGCUAUUGUAAUUUUAUUUCAUGUUUAUUAGUCUUCGUUCUUGCCAUUACUGAAAUCGAGUCUUACCGUAGAAAAUGUAAUUUAGAUUGUGAAGAAGGAGAAAAAUGCGUUUUAAAAAGGAGUACAUGUUCAUACCCACCGUGUUCAAAAUACCCCGUGUGUGUAGCUAAAGAUAAUAACAGUACAGAAGAAAUAAUAAGAACCCGUACGGGUACUUGUCCUGAAAUUGUAACACCUGGGCCAUGUAUGGAACAAUGUCAAAAUGAUGGAGAUUGUCGACAUAGUGAAAAAUGUUGUUUCAAUGGCUGUGGAAAUACAUGUAGAUCAGUAGUAACUGUGAUAGCAAGAAAACCUGGUUCCUGUCCAUGGGAUUUACGACGACAACCAUUGUGUGGAAUGGACUGUUCUAGUGACUCGCACUGCCCAGGCAGUGAAAAGUGUUGUCUAACAGCAUGCGGAAGUACCUGUUCAAGACCGUGUUACCAUUGGUUACAAAGAGGUAGUUACGAAGGAGUAGGAAAUGCAAUUUGGUCUUUGCCAUACCAGUGCCGUCCAGCAUUUUAACGCUUUAUAAACUAAGCUCAAUACUCAAAACUGUUUCUGUGAUUAAAUUCUUUGUGAUUUCAAAAGAUUUUGAAUCUAGCUUUGCAAGUACUUAAAGUACACUUAACCCGUUGUAGGCAAUGAUUGUGCUGAGUUUGCUACAUGCAAUAUAUGUUGGUCCUGUUGUAGGGAUAAGAGUUGGGCAUUGAAUAGAAUAGUAUUGUUUUUCGAUUUUUAUUUUAUACAUGAUGAAUGUAUAUUGUGUUCAAAUUUUGUGUUAAUCCUAAGAUCUUCUUUAUGAUACGUAACGAAAUGUUUAUUUUAUGCUAUAAGGCAAUUCAAAUAGCUUUUUUGUAAUUGUUUUAACUUUGUUUUAUUAUUAUUGAACAUAAUUAUCAUGGAUAAAUACGUUUACAUCAUCAUAGCUUGCAAGGGGUUACGAUUCAGUCCCUUGCUCUCAUCUGGCUAGCGAAGAUGCGUUUACAAUGUUGUUAUACCGUGUCGAUUUUUCAAUACAUUUUAGUAGAACUAUAUAGAAGAUUGUGAUGCUCUGUGAUAAAUAAUAUACAUGUUUAGAGAAUAAUGCUAAGUAAUUUUUUUUUAUCAAAUGCUUGAUUAAAGAUCAUCAAUCAAAAUGAAAAAUACAAACCAGAGGGUAGUAGGCCUGAGAACUGAUAUUGAUCGUGGCUUGGUACAGCAUAAAUGAAAAUGUUACCAUGUGAUAUUUUCUCACUUUAUCAUAUAUUUAAACUUGAUAAUCCAAACAAUGUGUGGCUCGUGACAUGCACUAGGGGUAUAAAGUACAGGGUAAGAAAUGUAGGAGGGUAUUAUUUUAGAUUGAAGUGUAGCAUUUAUAACAGGAAAGUAGUAUAAACAGCUAAAUAUAUGAUAAAGUGUUAUAAUGCCUAUCUGUGAAUGAAUGAUUUGUUGUUAUUGACAUGCUCAUAUUUAUUUAUUGACAUUUUUGUUGUUGUUAUUAUUUGUUAAUAAAAAUCAGAAUUAUUA